CUUUUUUCUCUUCCAUCAGUCGAACUGUGUUUGUGACUAAAACAUGAGUGAAUUAAACCGUUCUUUCACACUCGAUUACUACCGUAACCCGGAUGCGAUGCCUGAUUCUGAGGAGGAAGAGAACAACUCAAUGGAAGGCGCAAGCAGUCCGUUCGAUGCUACGUUCGAGUCGCUGAAUAGUAACGACGAGGAGGUUACACCUUUGCCAACCGGGAUCACUCCGGUACAGUGCUCGACGCCCAGCCCCCCCACCCCAAAGCCAUCGCGGCUCGAUACCGUGAACAAACAGUUCCAGGCGUGUUUCGACAACAUCUUCAAGUGUGUCAUUUGCUUGGGAAAGCUGAACGAUCCGUGCCUGUGCCCGCAAUGCUCGAAGAUGUACUGCCGGCGUUGCAUCCUCGAGUGGCUCUCGCUGAGCAAUAGAUCGUGCCCGAACUGCAAGUUCCCCAUGACGGUUAAGGGGCUGGUGAAGUUGCGGUGGAUUGAGGAAAUCGAGAAGCUGGAACAGGACCUACGGGACAGCUACUCGAACAUGGACAUACCCAAGGGCUACCUGUGUGAUGGUUCGUAUGUGAAGGUGUGCUGCAAGGAGCAUCACCUACCACUGAAAUUCUUCUGCGUCGAGUGUCACGAGUGCAUCUGCGAGACCUGUGUCAAUAUUGCCGGCGAUGGAGCUCACGGAUCACACACGUUCAAGGCCGUCAAAGUGGUGUACGUUCAGGUGCUGAAGGAGAUAGUGGGUGAGCUCGGUAAGGUGGAAAACUACCGGGAACAGUUGGAGAAGGUCUCGGAAAGGAUUGAUCAGAACAUCUCGCUGUUCGAUCGUGUGUUGAACGAAAAGCGCCGCGAGCUGCUGGAGAUCGUCGAGCGGGUGACGGACAACUUGAUCCAACAGCACAGCGUGCAGGUGCAGAAGCUACAGGAGGAAAAGAAGAAAGUUACCGAGGCUAUCGUGAUCCUGGACCUGAAGCUGGAGAGCAUGGAGCACGAUUUGGAGCAACGCACGAAACAGCAGAUGAUCAGCCUGCAACCGUCGAUCAUGCAGUGCUGCAACGAGAUUGUGGAAGAACCGUUACCGGACUUCAACUGUAUCCGGUUGCCGGCUCAAUUGAAGAUAAAUAUGCCGGCCACCUGCGAGACGGGCGUGUUUGUGGUGCGAAACUUUUCCGCCCUACAGAUCAACAAGGGUCUCUUCUCGAAGGACUUUAGCGACAAUCAGGGACGGACCUGGCACAUCUUGGCUUGGAGUAUGACCACCACGGAUCAGUUUGGCAUAUAUCUGGAGAUGGUGAAGGGAACGAUGUGCUGGAUGGAGGUUAACUUUAAGCUUCUGCACAGAGAUCCCGGGAAGACGAUCAGCAAAACAAUCCGCAAGAACUUUAGCUGCAUUCCGCAGGAUGGCUGGGGAUUGCAAAACUUCACGACGAUCAGAACCAUUAAGGAGGAGGGCUAUCUGCACGACGAUGAGCUCGACGUGCUCUACAACAUUCGUCCCUGUGCUCCCAUCCCAACCGAGGCUGAUGAUUCUUUCGAUGAGAUAAACGUUGCUUGAUUGCAAUGGGAAUCCACGACGGAGCAGCAGCAUAAGUAUGUUUGUGCUUGUGCCUAUUUUUUGGAAACGGGCGACCAAAUUUUUUUUUGUAGAAUUGAUAGAAGAAUGUUAUGUUUUUUUUAUAUUAGUAAUUCUAAGAUUCAAGUGCAAUUUCAAUGAUAAUAAAAAUGCAUUUUGAAUUGGUUUUUGGCAAA